GGCACCUUCUCUUGUGUUAGGAGCACAGAGAGCUUUUCCACCAUGAGCUUCACUGGAAAAUACGAGCUCCAGCACCAGGAAAACUUUGAGCCCUUCAUGAGAGCCCUCGGGCUCCCUGAGGAGCAGAUCCAGAAGGGCAAGGACCUCAAGAGCGUCUCAGAAAUUGUGCAGGACGGGAAAAAGUUCACGAUUACCAUAACCACUGGCUCCAAAGUGAUGAAAAACCAGUUCACCAUUGGAGAGGAGAGUGAGAUAGAGAUGCUGAAUGGAGAGAAAGUGAAGGCUGUUGUGCAGAUGGAGGGUAACAACAAACUGGUCACACAGGUGAAAGGGAUGAAAUCCGUCACGGAGCUCAACGGAGACACCAUCACCUACACAAUGACCAUGGGUGACCUCACCUUGAAGAGAGUCAGCAAGAGAAUCUAG